CUCUGGAGCGGAGGACUUGGAGACCUCGGAGCCAGAGAGCCAAGUUCCGCAAGUACCAAUUGAGCAGGACACAGAAAGCCCGGACGGACGUUCCGUAGCUGGGCCGCCUAGCAUUCGGAUAACGGAGGUACUGGGGCAGUGCCCCUCUUUCUGCUCGGAGGCCUCCUGGUGUGUUUUCCACCGAAGCCGGCAUCUCACCCGGCGCCUGCGGAACUACUGAUGGAGACGCCCAUCCAGCGCGAAAUCCGCCGUAGCUGCGAGCGCGAGCAGAGCCUGCGCCGGAGCCGGGGUCUGAGUCCCGGCCGUGCGGGCGAGGAACUCAUCGAGUUGCGCGUGCGACCGGUGCUCAGCCGGCCCGGCCCCGGCCCCCCACUGCCGCGCGCCCUGGAGCGCGCUCGGGCGGGCGCGAAGAUGCAACGGGACAUCGAACGCGAGGCUCACAGGCAGGCGGCGCUGGCGAGCCCGGCAGCUCUGCUGCCCAGCGCCCGGCAGCGGCCACAGGCGCUGGACGAACUCAAGCGCUUCUUUGAGGCUGCAGCGGAGGACGGCGGGGGUUUGCAGCGGCGGCCGGAGGCGGGAGGCCGGCUGCACCCCACCGUGCAGGACGGCUGCCCGCUGGUGGGGCAGCCGCCGCCGCUGGUUUCCCCGUCGCUACUGGAGCAGGAGGUGCGCCAGGUGCGCGAGCGCGAGCGGGAGCUGCAGUUGCAGCGGCGCAGUAUCUACGGGGCCGCUGAGGUCCAGGAGCCAGCCCCGAGCCUCACCCCGAGCAGGGGAGACGGAAAGUUGGCGGUGAUCUGGCCCCCGCGGAGACCGGCCUCGGAGAACGGCCUGGAGAAGUAGGAGCGCAGACCCUGAGGUCUGCGAAGGCUGGGACACACGGCCAGAAGCGACGUCCCCCAUUAAAGAGUCAGGGUAGAGGCUGCUACCCUCCGGAUCAGCCCAAGGCCUGGAGAGGAAGGGACCAGCUCUCUUCAAUGGCAACUUGAAAUUCUGCACAUCCUUGAUGCUGACUAUGGAAUUGACCACCUUUCUCCAUUAAAAUUGUUUAGUCUUCACUGGAAAACUAACAACCACCCGCUAAACCUGUGAGUGAAGCACAAAAUAAAGUGUC